ACUGCUCUCUGCCUCAAUGCCCGCCCCAGCCUCCCACCCUCUCACUCCAGUCAGUCCCUCCCAGCGGCUCGCCAGCCACCUGCUCCUCCAGUCCUCUCUCCAUCCCUCUCCGGCUCUCCGCCUCUCCCCCUCGUGAGGAGGUGAGGAGAGGAGAAGCAACAGAGGGGGCCGCGGCGACCGACCGACCGACCGACGUGUCCUGAGUCCUGGUGCUGGUGGUGGGUGCUUCUCGUUCCUGGCGGGUCCAUACACGGCGGGGUGCUAGCUAAGGGAGAGGUGCCGGCGUCGGCGUCGGCUGCGAGGAGCAGGAGCAGCAGGCCACCGACGGAUUCGGAGAUCUCGCCGGAGAAGAUGAAGAGAUCUGCAUCUCUGUUUCAAGUCCUUCUGGUUUUCACAGCCGUGAUUGAGAUCCAAUGGUCCACUGUAUCCAGCAUUUACUGCAAGGACAUGCCGCCGAACGUGUAUCGGCCUCACAGUGUCACAAUAACUGAAUUUGGUGCCGUUGGGGAUGGUGUCACCCUCAAUACAAAGGCAUUCCAGAAUGCAAUCUUCUAUCUCAAUUCAUUUGCGGACAAGGGUGGCGCGCAGCUUUUCGUGCCUGCGGGAAGGUGGUUGACGGGGAGUUUUCAUCUUAUCAGCCAUCUCACUUUAUCACUGGACAAGGAUGCAAUAAUAAUUGGAUCUCCGGAUUCAUCUCAUUGGCCAGUUAUCGAUCCUCUUCCAUCCUAUGGUCGAGGUAGAGACCUUCCUGGAAAAAGACAUCAGAGUCUGAUUUUUGGAUUAAAUCUGACGGAUGUAAUUAUAACUGGUGCUAAUGGUUCAAUUGAUGGUCAAGGAGCUAUUUGGUGGGGCUGGUUCCACAACCACACAUUGAAUUAUACUAGACCACAUCUUGUGGAGUUGAUGUAUUCUACCAAUGUCGUCAUAUCUAAUCUAACCUUCAAGAACUCGCCGUUUUGGAAUAUCCACCCUGUGUACUGCAGCCAAGUGCUUGUCCGGCAUGUCACAAUCCUAGCGCCUUUGAAUUCGCCAAACACCGACGGCGUUACUCCAGACUCUUCCACGAAUGUGUGUAUCAAUCAUUGCUAUGUAAGAAAUGGCGGUGAUGUUAUUGUCAUUAAAAGUGGCUGGGAUGAAUAUGGCAUUUCAUUUGCUCAACCAAGCUCCAAUAUCAGCAUAAGCGACAUCACAGGGGAGACAAGGGGUGGUUCAGGGAUUGCCUUUGGAAGUGAGAUGUCAGGUGGCAUAUCGGAAGUACGGGCUGUGGGCCUCCGCAUUGUCAACUCCCUUCACGGGAUCAGAAUCAAGACGGCCCCGGGGCGCGGAGGGUACGUGGAGAAUGUGUACAUAGCAGAUGUGAGCAUGGACAAUGUUUCGAUGGCCAUCAGGAUCACUGGAAACUAUGGUGAACAUCCUGAUGACAAAUAUGACAGCACUGCUCUCCCUGUGAUAAGCAAUAUUACAAUCAAGGAUGUUGUUGGCGUUAACAUUGGGGUUGCUGGUAUAUUGGAAGGCAUUCAGGGGGACAAUUUCAGCAACAUUUGUCUGUCCAAUGUUUCCCUCAGUGUGCAAUCUGCACAUCCAUGGAAUUGUUCACUUAUUGAAGGGUAUUCGAACUCGGUGAUCCCAGAAUCAUGCGAACAGCUCAGAAGCAAUUGUAGACAGACAUCCAUUUGCUACGAUGGAAGCAGUUCUUCAGUAAUGAGUGUGCAGCAACCAAGACAUACAUCGCCCACCAGCCGGUUGCUAGAUCUUUUUACUGGAGUUGGCUUCAUUUUAGUGUAGGUAGAGCUGUGCUUGUUCUUGCUGCAAAGGGGGCUUGCUUCAUGUAGUGAGAGCCCUAUUAGUCAUGUAUAUCUGAUUCUUGCAAUUAUUUGUGAUUAGAGUGCCACUUGCUUCAUGUAUAUAGCUGUUGAGAUGACUGUCGGUGUAUCUUUGCCUGUUUUGUUCCAAUUUUUGGUAUGUGAAUGCAAUCUGCAUAACUUUAUGGUUUUGA